AAUCGAAAUUGUAAAUUGCUUUGUUUAAACGCGAUUUCGAUUUAUGCACGAUCACGACUCAUCAUCCAUUGUAUUUUAACUGCGACACUGGAAACGAGAAGGGGAGGUAUUUUUACUUAAUUCUGAAUGUUGUUUUUGUCUUUGUUUGACUACCAAAUAACACUCGCACCUCUCACAGCGAUUAGAAAUUAGACUUUCAUAGGAGAUAGGAUUAAUUGACUGUAUUGAGAGGGAGAGUGUCAGUUUUCUGUGAGCAUUCUUGGAUAUAGAAUGGUGUGUGUGUCCUCCCUAUUGCGUCUUCCUCGAUUGAUGCGAAAUCGUGGAGUAUUUUACAGAUUCAGCAGUACAUUGACGAGUAAUCAAGAAAAGGAAAUUUCGUUCGCUGACCAUCGCACUGCCUAUGCCCAUUUGAGCCGCGCUGAAAUUCUAAGAGCCUGGAUCGUUCUCAAGUUAUGCUCUUUCGACUUUCUUUUGCAAAAUAGCUUAAAGGUACUAGAGACCAGUCAACGAGUCUUUGGGCAAGGAUUGUUAGAAAAGAUUCUUCGUCCAACCCUCUACGAUCAAUUUGUUGCUGGAGAUGAUCCACAGUCGCUGAAAGAAACGGCAAACAAGUUAAAACAACUUGGUAUCAAACUAAUGAUUCUUCCUUCACUAGAAGAAGAUAUCGGACAGAAAAGCGACCAAAAUCGCUACAAUGAUAAUGUGGAAGUUACACUGAAGUUAGCCGAAAUAGCUUAUCAGCACGGAGGUCCUCUUUCUUGUCUCCAAACGAAAAUCACCGCAUUAAUCAGUGCCGACUUGUUGCUAAAAAUAGCGGAACGCAAUCGGGAUAAGGAAGAUCAAUUUUGCACGAUAUCGUCAUGGGCAAAUUAUAUGUCUGGCGGAUCAUUCACUCCCGUCUCGUAUCUCAAUAAGCAAGAAAACAUUGAAUUGGAAAUGGGCCUUGAACGGUUAAAAAGCGUCGGCGCAUUUGCAUCCGGACUUCAACUGCGUUUACUUGUUGAUGGAGAGUUUACUUAUCUGAACCAAGCCAUCUCAAUCGCUGCUUUAUCCAUGGCUGGCGCUUUUAAUCAAACAAGACCUGUGGUUUGGAAUACCUAUCAGUGCUAUUUAAAGGACGCAUUUGACAAGAUCUGUGGCGAAUUUGAUGUUGCCCGGCGAAUGGGAGUUGGAUUUGGAGCUAAAAUCGUAAGAGGUGCGUACCUGGAACGCGAGCGCCUUUUAAGUGCUGAAGGAAACUAUCCUGACCCGACAAACCCUUCCUAUGAAGCAACUUCCGCCGUUUACGAUAGGGUGGUGCAGCAUAUGGUGGAACAAGUCGCUGCCCUCGGAGGACAACGUUGUAAUGUGAUCGUUGCUAGUCAUAAUGAAACAUCUGUAUUAAAAGCGCUAUCAAAAAUGGGAUCGUUGGGUAUUUUACCAACAGACAACACAGUCGUUUUUGGUCAAAUUUACGGAAUGGCCUCCAAUAUCACCGUGAAACUAGCUUCUGAGGGAUACAUUGUGUAUAAUUCCGUGCCGUAUGGUUCGCUAUUUGAUGUGCUGCCUUACCUAUCACGUCGGGCAACGGAGAACCGCGCGGUUCUCAAAGGCACUAGACGGGAACGGACGUUAUUGGCACGGGAGCUGAGGGCUCGUUUUCUUGGUUUUUGACUUUGCGAUUAGGUUUUAACAUCUAACUAAUUUUUGUUUCAUUUUUUAAAGCGUUUUUUUUAUUUCAUAGCAUACUCAACAACGUAUUAAAUUUAAUGGUAGAAUGCUGUUAAGACGAAACGCUUUGAGGAGCGAAGUUUUAGCUUCCGUGUAGUCUCGAAUUAGAUAGUUAGCGUCACUGUAUAUUUCGACGUAAAAAAAAGAAUUAUCGGUAUUGGUGAGUUGUUAUUUCUACUUCCACUUUUGCACGCAUUACUGCAUGUUUUACCCGGCGUUCUCACGUAAGCCUACUUUAUGACUAAGAAGGAAGAAUGUAUUUCACGCGUCUUUUGAAAAAAGAAGCAGUGAAAAAUUCCAGUUACCUUGUAGAAUCUAUAGCUCUGGUAACGUACUAAAAUGCCUAGUAAUAGAUCACCGAGAUUUUUCGCAAGUAAUUGACGUUUUAAUUGAUCAACCUAUCGAGAUUUCACCCUUCAGUCUUUAAUGUUAAACAAAAUAUUGUUCCCCAAGAGAAUAUUUUGUCAGUAUACGGGCAUGUGAACUGUGAAGUGAGUGGCAAUAAAGUAACUAUAGGAGUUUC